AUGUCAAGUAAUGUUAAGGUGGGAAUCAAAUUAAGUCCUUUGAUUAAAUGCGAAAAAGAUGAAAAUUUAUCAAUACAAUGGGUCGUGAAAGAAAAUUCAAUUAUUUCUCUACAUCAAGAAACAAAAAAAUGGGACAGCAAUGUAUUUCAUUUUGAUUAUUGUUUUGACGAAAAUACAAACAAUGCCCUAAUAUUUGACAGUAUUAUAAAAUCUAUUGUUGAUGGCACCAUAGAUGGUAUUAAUGGAACAAUAUUUUGUUAUGGUCAAUUUAAUUCAGGUAAAACACAUACAAUGAUAGGUACCCCAGAGGAUCCAGGAAUAAUUCCACUUACUAUUAAUUACAUAUUCAAUGUUAUUUCAAAUAUCAUUAAACGCGAAUUUUUAUUAAGGGUAUCUUAUUUAGAAAUUUGUGAUGAAAAAAUAAAUGAUUUAUUAAAUACGAACCAAGUUGAUUUACAAUUAUAUUCAGAUGAUAAUGAACAAAUAAUUGUUGACUGUAAGGAAGAAAUAAUAAAUUCUUCAGAUAAUAUGCUAUCUAUAAUGGAAAAAGGAAUUAAGAACAAAAAGAUAAAAGAAAAUAACAAGAAUAAACAGAUUAAUGGCCAUAAAAUAUUUCGAAUUAUAAUUGAAAGUCAAGAAGUUGAAGGAGAUUCAUCAAAUACUGUACAAGUAUCACAAUUAAAUCUGGUAGAACUUAUAGGUUUUAAAAAAGUUUAUUAUCCAGAUAUUGUUGAUGAACAUCAUACUGACAUAUCUCUUUCGGCACUAGAAUCAAUAAUUGCACAGAUAAGUAAUUCACAAAAUAUUCAAGAACAUAUUGAUUAUGAUUAUCAUAAUAGUAAAUUAACAGAAUUUCUACAGACAUCAUUAAGUGGAAAUGCUUUGAUAGCAAUAGUGUGUACAGUUUUACCUGUUGCUUUAGAGGAAACAUAUUGCACUCUCUCAUUUGCAUCACAAGCUAAAGAUGUCAAAACCAAACCACAAAAGAAUGAAGUUAUAUCUGAUUCAUCACUCUUAAUACGUUAUGCAAAACAAUUAACUAAACUUCAAAUAGAAUUAGAGCGAAUAAAAAAUGGAAAUUCUUCUGUAGAAGAAGUAGAAUCUAAUAAACUGCAACAGAAAUAUCAGAUUAAUCACUUAUUAGAAGAACGUAUAAAAUUAUUAAAGACUCAAAUUAUUUCUGGAUGUACAAAAAAUUGUGAAGAACCAUUUAUAUGUAAAUCUAGAAGAAGAAAAAUUUGGUAUAAUCCUGGAACAUUCAAACAAUAUUUACCUGUAUUUCAUACUCAAACAUGUUUGCCAACAAUAAAAGAAAUUUCAUCUGAGAUACCACAAAAAAAGAAUAUUAUGCAAUCAGUUGACAUUAUAAAUCAAACAUUUCAAACAGCCUUUACAGAUUUUGAAUUAGAAUUAAUUGAUUCUGAAACAGAUUAUAGCAUCAAAGAAAAUGAACAUGUUAAAUGCAUGAAGAAUGAAUCUGACAUAGAAUCUAAAAAUGAUAAUUUUCUUUUAAUACCAGCAAAAAAAGAGUCUCCACAAAUUUCUAGCAAUGAGGUAUCUGCUUCUACACCAAAAGGUAUUUUACGGAAAUAUAUUCUAGAUCUGACAAGAGAUCUUACCGAACUUCGCGAAUUUACAACUUUAGAAAAACAACUGAUAUGUGAAGAAAAUCAUUGUUGUACAAACAAUUUAAAACAACAAAUGACGAAGCAGUUUAUUUGUUCCGGUGUCAAAAAUAACGAAAUUGAUGAUUAUUAUACACAUUUAAUAAUACGAUUAGAAGAAGAAAAAGCCAAAUUAUUAGAAGAUUUAGAGAUAAAAACUCAAGAAUUGAAUCACAUAAAGAGUUCUAUUCAAAGCUUUAAAUUAGAUAUAGAAAAAUUGCAAGAAACUAUUUAUUUAUUGUCGAAUGAAAAUAUAGAAAUGUCAAAUAAAUUAUCUACCGAAAAAGAACAUUCGAAACAAGCUGAGCUUCAUCUUCAAAAAACAAUCGAUACACUUUAUGAACGCAUUUCAAAAAUCACAGCCGAAAAAAUCAAUUUAGAAAGCGAUAGAAUGUCAUUGAAUGAUAAAUUAGAAUUUUUUCGUUCAAAAUCAUUAGUAGAGUACAACGAAGAACAAUUACUUAAUAAAUAUCAAAAUGAAAUUGAUUCGUUAAAAACAGAAAAUAUUGAAUUAUCAUCUGUUAUUGCAGAAAAAGAUAGAGAGCUUGAAAACAUUAAAGAAAGUAAAUCACUCUUAUAUAAUCAUGAUUGCAUUUACAAAGAUAAAGUUAUAUUACUUACAGAAAAUAAUAAAUGUUUAGUAACAGAAAAUAAUGAACUUUCUUCUGACUUAAUUGACAAAAUUGAGAAAAAUGAUAUGCUGAAAGAGCAGUGCGAUAUCUUGAAAAAUAAAAUGUCUAUGAUACAAAAUACGAAUUCUGAUGAAAAUGACAUAGAACAAUUAAGAUCAGAAAACAAUAUUUUGAAAGCUGAAAUUGUAGAGUUAAAAAUGAAAGUAACAGUAUUAACUGAUGAAAAUGUAAAGUUUUCCAAUAAUCUAUUAGAAAGUAUAGAUAAUUUUGAUCAUUCACAUAAUGAAAAAGCAAAUAAUGAUGCGAUAAUAUCGAAAUUAUCUGCAGUAUCUGAUAAUUCUAUAAAAACAAAUGAAACUGGAAAGAAAAUAUUACAAGAAGAAAAUUACGAGGAUUUGUCAAAUAAAGUUAUAAUGUUACAAGACGAAGUUGCUCAUCUAUCUCGUUUGAAUAAAAAAUUAAGUGACUUAAAACUAUCAUCCUGUAGUCAGUGCAUACAUUUGAAAAACUUAAACGAAAGUCGUAGAGCCCUUAAACUUCAAGCAAAAGCUUUAAAUCAUAAAUUGGAAGAUUUACAGAAAAAAUUUGAUCGUAAAUGCGUAGAUACCGAAAUAUUAAAACUUAAAGUUCAUCAAGAAUUGAAUGUAAGUUUUACUGAUGCUUCUUUGAAUGCCAGUUUUAUAGAUGGGAUGAAUGUAAGCUUGGUAGAGGAAAAAGUUCAGUACUUAAGUAAUGAAUUACACACUUUAAAAGAUGACCAUGAUAAAUUAUCAGUUCUAUACAAAGAAAAAUGCGACGAACUUGAAAAACUUCACGAUGAAGUAAGUGAUGCAAAAAAUACAGACGAUAGUUACAAAUCAAAGAAACAUAUCUUUAAAAAUGAAACAAAAAUCGAACGUGUGCAAAAAAGUAUCGACCAAGUAAAAGAAGAUAUAGAUGAAAUAAAAAAGAAUAUUGCUCCUAUGUUUCGUAAAUUACAGACGGAAAGAGUUAGCUUAUUGGACGAAAUUAGUAUACUAAAAGAUACUAAUGAAGAAUUACAAGAAAAAGUGUUAGAUAAAGAGAUGUCAAAAACUAUUGCCUUGGAGAAAGUUCAAAUUCUUGAAAAUGAAUUAUCAAAUAUGAAUAAAGAAAUCGAACAGUUUUCCAUGAAAGAAAAGAUAAUGCGAACCGAAAAAUUGACGCUGGAAGUAGAAUUAGAAGAUUUGAAAGCUGAAAAAAGAAAUAAAGAUAUUCUUAUUACUACAUUAAGUCAAAAAAUUAAUGAUUUAAAUGAAUGUAUAUCAUCCCUAAAAUAUGAAUUAGAUUUAAUAACUAAUGAAAAAAAUGAAUUAAGUACUUCAAAUGAGAAAAUUGAGUAUGAAUAUAAAAAUAAAUUAGAACUAUUAAGAAAACAAUACAAUGAAUUGGAACGAGAAAAACAAAUAAGCGCAGAAAUAGAACAACGUGCAAUACUGUGGGCUAAAGAGAUAAAAACAAAUGUAAAUAAACUUGAAACUGGGUUGAGGAAACAAGAAAAUAUAUACGAAGAGUUAGAUACUGUCAAAGAAUGUAUGAUAAAAGAAUUAAAGUCACUUAAAUCUGAAGUACAUUCUGUAGAUAUUUUAAAUAAAACUGCAAAAGAAAUUUUCACAAUUUUUUUACAGGCACUUAUGUUAAAAGAAGAAGAAAUAAUUAAGAAAAUGAGAGAAUUAUUUGAAAAAGAUAAACAAGAAAUAGAAGAUAAAAGACAACAAAGUGCAGAUGCUGAGAAGCGUGUAAUGUUAUGGGCUAAAGAAUUGGAAACGGAAAUUGAAAAAUUGCAGAUUGACUUAACACAGAAGGAAAGCUUGUGUAAAGAGCAACAAAAUAAAUCUUAUCAAUUAGAUCAUCUUCUAACGGAAAGUAAUUAUGAAAAGAAAAUACUAAAAGAAAAAAUAGAGGUAUUAGAAAUAGACUUUAAUAAUUUGCAAACUGAAUUUAAUAAACAGUGUAAAGUGGAUAUUCAACAAAAGGGAGAAGCAUUCAUCGUUGCACAAAAACGAGAAGAAGAAGUGCAGGAAGCUUUUAAACACAAAGAAAUCGAACUAGAGUCUAAAAUGAAAUCUGAAAUAGAAUCAUAUGAAAAGAAAAUAGAAGAGAUCAUGUGCACUCUAGAAAUCUAUAAAACAAAAAAUAUGGAAUUAAAAAAUAACAUUGAAGGACUUGAAGUUAAUGAGAAACAAUUGAAAAAUAUUGUGGAAGCAAAUUAUUCAGAAUUGAAAAUGAAACAACAAAUCAUACAAAAAAUUACUCUUGAUUUUGAACAACUUACAGAGGUUUAUAACAAAGUAAAUGAUGAAGUACAACAAAAGACGAUUCAAAUUGAAAAUAUUACAGCACUUUUAAAAAAUAAAAGUGACAUGUUUUUAGAAAAUAAAGCUAAACUUGAAACUAUCAUACCAGAUUAUGAAAUGCUACAAAAUCAAGUUAAAGAAAGGAAAGAAAAUAAAUUAGAUUUGGAAGAAAUCAAAAAUGUUGGAUUAAACAAGCAGUUAAAUGAAUUAAAUAAUAAGAAUAUUGCUUUAAUAGAAGAAAUAGAUGAACUGAAAGAAAAGUUUGCAGAAUUGCAGAAGGUAAAUAUAAAAUUAGAAAAAAAAAUAAGAAACAGUGUUAGUAAAAUGAAAGUUGAAACAGAGAUUGAAGAAUUAAAAGAUGAGAAUAAAAGAUUGCAAAAUAACUUGGUAGGUGCAACUAACCGGGUAUCUGAACUGCAAGAGAGUAAAAAUAAAACUUUCCUAGAAUUAGUUAAUUUACAAGGGCAAUAUGAAUUACUGUCCAAAGAAAAUGCUGAAAUAAAAAAAACUUUGUACAGAUCCAAACAAAGUACUUCAUAUCCAUGUAAAGAAGAUGCACAAAAAGACAAAGAAAUUGUAGAAUAUGUAAAUCGAAUCAAAGAUUUGUUUCCUAUAAAAAAAGAAUUUGAGAACCAUCUCGAAGAAUGUAAAACAUAUAUCCAGCAAAAUGAAAAUUCCAUUGAAAAUGAAAAAAUAUGCGAAAUAUUAAGAAAAAAGAUUUGUGAGUUAGAGUUACAACUAGUAUCAAAAAAUGGGCAAAUUGCAACAUUAGAAAUUCAAAUCCAGAGUGAAAAUUUUCCUUACCAACGAAAAUGCAAAGAACUAGAAGAACUUUUACUUACAUUUCGUAAAAAGAAUGCUGAACUCAAUUCUGAGAUGAGAAAACUUCAAAGAACUCUAAACGAUAUUAAUGCGUGGGAUUGUGAUAUAUGUAGGCGAUGGCGUAUCAAUAGAAGGAGUCAGGCAUGUCAAACAACAUUUGAUAAUGCAUCAAAUUUUUUUACUGUAAACAACGAAAUAAUUGAGGAUCAUGUAAAAAUAAUGAAAUUGGAAAAAGAGAAAACGUUGAUAAAAGAUAUAUGCCGUGCACGGUGUCGACAAAUAAAACAUUUGGAAGAUAGAGUAAGAGAAUUAGAAGAAGCACAAUCUACAUCAUACUCAAAAUGUGUCGAAUUUUUAAAAGAAAAAUCUGAUGAAAUAACUACUUCUACCAUACAUUUCACCAAAUAAUGUGAUAUGGAAAGAAAC